AUGGCGGUAACAGAGAGCAAGAUUACAGGAUGGCUUUUGGAAUAUGUGUACCAAACAGCGUGGGAUACGUUCAAGAAGAAACGAUCGAUAGAUGAAGACUGUUGCAGGGAUAUCAUUCAAUGGUUGGUAAGCCAACAGUCUGUUGUUCAGACUUCUAACCCACAACAUAUGAUGCAGCUUCAAAUUCUCCUCCAGAUGUCUCGCCUAACAGACGGAGAAAACUAUGAGACACGUUACUCUGAUGAUAAUGACUGGACUGUUCUAGAAGACAUGCUUAUAUCCUUUAAUGGACUGGCCAACAGUCUACCAGAAUCGUUUAAACCCAUGAUGGAAAAAAACCGAGACUUAAUCAUUAAACAGGCAGUGUUGGUGGCUUGUAGAGAAGAUGACUUCAUCGCAGCUCAGGAAAUCUUCCAGAGAAUCUCGAAUCAGAUUACAGAUAAGGGUAUUACAGAUAAAUUAAAGGCAGUUCUUGUAGCAGAAUCAAAAGAUCACAAAUAUGUGACAAAUAAAAUGAACAGUUACACAUCGUUUGUGUCGAAUUGUAUAAUAAUGAUAUCAGAGUUCAACAAGGAGUUUGAUGUGCCCUUCCUCACAAAGGUGGCUGAUGUACAAAGGCGACAAGAGAGAAAACACAAAGACACCAAUCUCUCAGACAACAACAGGAAAAGGUUAGCAUUACUUAAAGCUGUGUCUAAGAAGAUGUUGGCAGGAAAGGAAUCCCUAGCAUUGAAUCAGGGAGACGAAAGAGAGAUGAGAGAGGCACUCAGGACCACAAGAGAUAGGAUCUGUAAUUUUAAAUCUCCAGAGAAAGUUCCUCACCAACACAUGAAAACCUUGUCUCCUGUGCCUGAUGAUGAAGAAAAUGACAAAAGGACCGACUUAGAUUUCAACCCACUAAGGUCCCCUAAAGGUAUUCGACAGCACAGUUAUCGGAAGAAUAUCAGUCGACCUGAUCGUCAUACAACGGACAGAUCAGAUGGAGCUAACUCUGACGACCAAGAGGAUGGUUCAGAAAAAGAACAACCAUUAAGAAAACGUGUAGAAAACAAGCAGAAUUAUAUUUCUAGUCCCUUUCAAAGUCAGAGGUCAAUUUUACGACCCAGUAGUCCAACAGAGUCAACUUUUUCUUCCCGUAAGACGAUGUGGGGAUAUAAAGAGACAGAGGAAUUUUACCAGGCUGUACAAGAGUUUGGUGUUGGAAGAUGGGGAGAGAUCCGCAAAGCAUUGGGUACUUUUAGAACCAAUGUCAAUCUUAAAGACAAAUGGAGAACAAUUCUGAAGACAAAAGAAAUUUUGUCGUUAGAAAAGAAGUUUGGCCCUGUGUAAAUUACCUGCAUAUAAAAUCUACUCCACAUGUUACAGAUGUUAAUAAUUAUUGACAAGAACCAUCAUGAAGUAUUGGACAGAUUGAUGACGCUGAAAGCUGGACAAACAAAUUUCUUCUUUCAUUUAAAAAAAAUAGUUGGAUUUAUAAGUUCUCCAGUACUCAUUGGAUUGCAUGUAGAAUUGAUAUUUGUAGUGUCCAUUUUGUGUAGAAUUAUGAUAUUUGAAGUGUCCGUCUUGUGUAGAAUUAUGAUAUUUGUAGCGUCCGUUUUGUGUAGAAUUAUGAUAUUUGUAGCGUCCGUCUUGUGUAGAAUUAUGUUAUUUGUAGCGUCCGUCUUGUGUAGAAUUAUGUUAUUUGUAGCGUCCGUCUUGUGUAGAAUUAUGUUAUUUGUAGUGUCCGUCUUGUGUAGAAUUAUGUUAUUUGUAGUGUCCGUCUUGUAGAAUUACCUGUUUGUCUUGUGUAGAAUAACAUUUUUUGUAGUGUCCAUCACAUGGAGUAGAUUCAGUCCAAUAUUAUUGAUGUUUAAGUGAGUCAUUGUGUAAAGUGCAGGUAACCAAAUGUUUGUGUUAAAAUGAAUUGAUGAUCUUGUCCAUCUGUAUGUGUAUUUGUUAUUGUAAAAUUUAAACUCAAAGUGUGUUCAAGAUUAUUUUAAUAUUCUCCACCUUAGACCAGAAAUAGAAUGUGUUAUCGUCCUCUUUUUACAAACUUUUCACCAACAGAACAUGCAUUUGUCAAAUGAAAGCAUCUCAUUGAUUUCAUUGAUUUGAUUGUGCAUGAAAUUUGAUUAUUUUGAAAAUCUAUCUUGUCCCUCCCCCCUAUUUCUUGACAAAGUUAAUAGAAAUAUAAUGAAGUAUGCCAUUUUAAAGUAUUUUCAAUCUUUUAUAUGAAAACAAAGAAAUUUCA